AGCCGUUCUGGCCAGAGGCGCGCCUUUUCCCGCCCAGCGGACCGCCCCGCACAGCCCAGCGGCCCGAGGGCCCGCCGCAGUUGCGGCGAGUCAAGGCGCUGGCGGCGCGCCUGCCCUGCUGCAGAGGGAUGCCCCCCAGCGCGGCGCGGCGCUCGGGUGCUCGCGGAGGCCAGCGAGGCGGGCUCCUACGACCUGGACGGCGCGGUGGCGCAGCAGCGCCAGGCGCGGGUCCGCGCCGCGGUCGCGGCGCGCCUGGCCGCGCAGGAGGCGGCGGCCGAGGCGAGGGCCGCGAAGGAGGCGGAGACGCACUGGCACGGCGUCGGCGGCGAGCAGGAGGGCGCCGUCAACGCGGAGGACGAGGCCAGGCGGCUGGCCGACGUGGAGGCGGCCACGAAGCGCGCCGCCGAGAUGAAGGUGGCCAAGCAGCUGGCCUCGGACCGCGCCAAGGCCGCCAAGCAGGCGCACCGCGCGAGGGAGAAGGCCGCCGCGGCCGCCCAGGCGGCCAAGGAGGCGGAGGGCAAGGCCCUGGCCUCGGCCGACAUCGAGGAGAGGUGGCUCGCGCGCACGCCGGGGGCGCGAGAGGUCGAGGCGUGAGGGCGCGGGGGGGCGUCGGCCGGCCGAUCCUGGCCGCUCCAGGCCAGGCACCGAUGGCUGCCCCAGGCCAGCCGGGCCGGUGCCCGCGCCUCCCGAGCCUCAAGCAGUGGCGAAGCUACCAAACAAUCAGCGCGACCAGCAUCCGAGGCCCCCCUCUCCCGGGGCGCGACGAGUGCGCUCCCGCCGCGCUCGCUGUCAUAUAGUGUGCCGGUGCUCGCUGGCGUCCCCUGGUCAAUUACAGUGCUGGUGUGUCCCCCUCGGAUUCUUCGGCAAUCGGGUCUGCAGGCCCUGAGGCGUGUGCCUUCGCUCGCGCACCUGAAUUCGUGGAGCUCGGUCCACCCGUCGCGGGCGAGUCCGCUCUGCCGGCGGCACCUCCUGGCAAAAACGCUCCCGAGGGCCCCCUUAUAGGCGGGGACGCUGGCAGCCCAGGGCGUGCGCCUGCCCGAGGCGGCUGCGGCCGUGGGGCGUCGGGGCAUUCUCCGCUGCUCGUGCUCUCCGGCUGGGAUCUUCAGGGUUCUGGUCAGCGGUGUCCUGGCCUAUGGGGGCCCUGACGUUCCGCCGCUUCCGCCGGGCAUCUCUCUUCGAGCGCCCCGUGCGGCUGAAGUGCCGCAAGGGCGCAUGUAACCAUAGCCACGCCCGCCCGGCGUUUCACCUGCUGUCUCCUCUUCCAGCUCAUCCCGCUUCUCCACUCUUCUGUUCUCGAAGACGAGAGACGGGCAUGCGCAUACACUUUCGGAGCUCCGCGCCAGGGGCGGCGCCAGAGGGA